AUGGCCUUCCUCCACUGGUUCCUAUUCCUCCUCGCGACCACAGCCACAACUGCAAACUACAGCAGCGACUAUGACUAUAUCAUAGUCGGUGGCGGCACAGCCGGACUAACAGUCGCCAACCGACUAUCAAAAGACCCUUCGGUCUCGAUUCUGGUCAUCGAACCGGGUCAAGCCGAGUUCGACAACCCCGAUGUCACCGAUAUCUCGCGUCUCGCAUAUACAUACGACAGUCCAAUCGACUGGGCCUACGAGACCACCAAACAGUCCUUUGGGGGUCGACGCCAGAUCAUGCGUGCUGGAAAGGCUCUAGGCGGGACUAGCGUUAUGAAUGGAGCGGCAUACGUCCGCGCAGAAAACACCCAACUUGACGCUCUCCGGGACUUCAAGAUUGCGGACUGGACAUGGGAAUCUCUCUUCCCUUACUACCUCAAGAGUGAGGCUCUGCGCACUCCAAACAAGACACAGGUCGAUGCGGGCGCGCCUGUAAUCCCUUCCUACCACGGCCACGACGGGCCGGUGCAAGUUGGAUUUAUGGAUAUGCGCAAGCAGUAUAGUGACCUUCCGUCGAUUCUUAACCGUACACUGGCAUCCAUGGGUGUUCCGUGGAAUGGGGACCUGAAUUCUGGUACUAUGCGUGGAUUCUCGAUGCAUCCGUAUACCGUCGAUGAGCGGAAUGUGCGCAGUGAUGCUGCGACGGCGUAUUAUCUGCCUGCUGCAAAGAGAGGGAAUCUGGAGGUCAUGUUUAAUGCGUCUGUUGAGAGGAUUGUAUGGGGCGACCGAGUCGACCAGGAGGAAGGCCUUGUUGCGAAGGGGGUAGAGGUUUAUGGAUCAGAUAAAGACGGAAGAAAGCAAGUGGUGAAUGCACGGAAAGAGGUGAUUCUAGCUGCUGGUGCGAUGAAGUCGUCUGCUAUCCUGGAACUGUCUGGCGUUGGAAAUCCAAGAGUCCUCCAAAAACACGGAAUCCCCGUCCAGAUCAACCUGCCCAGCGUGGGCGAGAACCUACAAGACCAACUCAACACCUCCUUCGUUCUCACCACCAAAGUCCCCAUAACAGGAACCCGCACAGUCGCUUUCGUCUCAGCAUCCGACCUCUUCGGCGCGUCGACAGAAUCCAUCGCGGCCUCCAUCCACGCCCAAAUCCCAAAGUAUGCUGAAGCAACCGCCAACGAAACAAACGGGGCAAUGACGAGGGAAACCCUGCAGCGGCUGUUCGAAAGCCAGCAUGAUCUGAUGUUUGACAAGGGCAUUCCCGUUGGCGAGUUCGUCUUUAUCCUGGAUGGCCCCGGUCAACUCCACGUUGGAUACUGGGGUCUUCUCCCCUUUUCAAGGGGCAGUGUCCAUGUUACCUCGAGGGAUCCGCGGGCCUCACCGACGGUUAACCCGAACUAUGGAAUGUUGGGCUGGGACAUUCAAGUCCAGAUCGCGAUGUCCAAGUUCCUGCGCAGGAUGUUCCGGAGUGGUGAGUUAGGCCAGCUAAUCGAUACCGAGACGGUGCCGGGGUUGGACUUUAUCCCAGAUGAUGCAUCAGAUGAGGCGUGGAUGGAGUGGAUAGGAGAGCAGUAUACCCCGAAUUACCACGCCAUUGGAACCACGUCUAUGCUGCCCCGAGAGAUGGGAGGGGUGUUGGAUACACGCUUAAAAGUCUAUGGGACUCGCAAUGUGCGCGUUGUUGAUUCUUCUGUCUUUCCUGUUCAGCUUUGUGGUCAUCCUACGGCCAAUAUCUACGCGGUGGGCGAGUGGGUUGCUGAUGUGAUCAAGGAGGAUGGCUGUAAUACACUACUUUAA